CAGGAGCCUUGGGCCCGGGGAGCUAGUUGCGGGAACGCAAGUCCCGGAGUCCAGAAGCCGAGGAGACAUGGCCGCCCCUCGAGACGCUGAGAUCCGGAAGGAUGUGCAGGUGCCAGCAAGCAGGACCUGUAAUGGCCAAGAAGGAGCCUCGGCUGAGUGGGAGCGCUAGGCCUUUGGAAGCCCAGCCCGGCCUGUGCCCUUGCCGCGCCCCCCCCCCCCAACCCCAGGAUCAGGGAGGGGCGAGGGGAGGGUGCAGGGCAGAGUCUGAGCUUAGAGCUUUGCAGGGAGCAAGCCUAGCCAGGCCUGAAUGUGUGGAGAUGGGGGUGGUGGGCAUGGGAGCCGUUACCCUGCGCUCUCCAGCGCCGGCUCUUCUCUCUCCUCACCCCCACCCGCCCUUGCCCCCUGGUCAGACCUACUAUGGGCAGGUGCUGAAGAAAUCAGCGGACCUCCAGACCAAUGCCUGUGUCACGGCAGCCAGGCCGGUCCCCAAGCACAUCCGGGAAGCCUUGAAUAAUGUACAUGACGAAGUAGCCCUGAGGUAUUAUGGCUGUGGUCUGGUCAUCCCCGAGCAUCUGGAAAACUGCUGGAUUUUGGACCUGGGCAGUGGAAGUGGCCGAGAUUGCUAUGCGCUUAGUCAGCUGGUUGGUGAGAUGGGACAUGUCACUGGAAUAGACAUGACAGAGAGUCAGGUAGAAGUGGCUAAAAAGUAUAUUGAAUAUCACAUGGAAAAAUAUGGCUUCCAGACCCCCAACGUGACUUUUCAUCGUGGCUACAUAGAGAAGUUGGAGGAGACUGGAAUCAAGAAUGAGAGUUAUGAUAUUGUUAUAUCAAAUUGUGUCAUUAACCUUGUGCCUGAUAAGCAGCAAGUGCUACAGGAGGUUCACCGAGUGCUGAAGCAUGGAGGGGAGCUGUAUUUCAGUGACGUCUAUGCUAGCCUUGAAUUGCCAGAAGAAAUCAGGACACGCCGAGUUUUGUGGGGUGAGUGCCUGGGUGGUGCUUUGUACUGGAAGGACCUUGCCAUCCUUGCCCAGAAAAUUGGUUUCUGCCGCCCACGUUUGGUCAGUGCCAACCUCAUUACAGUUCAAAACAAGGAACUAGAAAGAGUGAUCGGUGACUGUCGUUUUGUUUCUGCAACAUUUCGCCUCUUCAAACUCCGUAAGACAGGACCAGCCGAAAGAUGCCAAGUUAUUUACAAUGGAGGAAUCACAGGACACGAAAAAGAACUAAUAUUUGAUGCAAAUUUCACAUUUAAGGAGGGUGAAAUUGUUGAAGUGGAUGAAGAAACAGCAGCUAUCCUGAAGAAUUCACGAUUUGCCCAAGAUUUUCUGAUCAGACCAAUUGGAGAGAAGCUGUCAACAUGUAGAGGGUGUUCUGCAUUAGAAUCAAAGGAUAUAAUCACAGAUCCAUUCAAGCUUGCAGAAGAGUCUGACUGUACGAAGUCCAGAUGUCCCCCUGAUGUUGCUGGAAGUUGCUGUGGCGCAAUUUACAGCUGACCAGAAGAUGAGGGCAGGAGGCUAAGGAAUGAGUUACAUAUGUCUUUUAAUCUCCUCUUUUCCAUAGCACAGACCACAAGAAAGAAUAAAUGGCAAAAAGCCACUAUAUUCUAGA